GUUUAUAUUUGUCCUUUACCAUUUAUUAUAUACAGUAAGUUCUCAGAGAAACUUCCUUUUCAGUUUGUACUAUUCUUCGCUGCCUCACUCAUUCUUUAGGGUUCCAUUUUCUUUUACUUUCUUUUGGUUUGGUAGACUCGAGUUUCUGUUUCUGUUUCUGUUUACAAAGUUUGAGCCUUUGUUGAUCAAGUUCUGGUUGCGAUCUAGGUCUGAGAUGGCCGAGCCACUAGGACAGCUCCAGGUGACUGUUAUCCGAGGAAAGAAACUAGCGAUCCGAGACUUCAAGUCAAGUGAUCCUUACGUGAUAGUCAAGUUGGGAAAUGAGACAGCCAAGACCAAAGUGAUCAACAAUUGCUUAAACCCUGUGUGGGAUGAGGAACUGAGCUUUACACUCAAAGAUCCUGCAGCAGUUCUCUCAUUGGAAGUGUUUGAUAAAGAUAGGUUCAAGGCAGAUGACAAGAUGGGUCAUGCCACUCUCAGCCUUCAACCACUCAUCUCAGUAGCCAGACUAAGGCAUAUAGUGCACGUGUCCUCUGGCGAGACAACGCUUAGGAAAGUGUUGCCAGAUUCAGACAACUGCUUAUCUCGUGAGAGCACAAUCAGUUGCAUAGACGGAGAGGUGGUGCAGAGCGUGUGGCUGAAGCUGUGCGCUGUUGAGUCGGGUGAGAUUGAGUUGAAGAUCAAGUUGAUUGAUCCUCCUGGAACAAAGAAGCAUUAGGGAUUCAUGAAUCCAAAUGUGUGUGGUAUGUUAGUUUGUAGCAAGCAACCCCUUUGUGUUUAGUUAAAUUGCAACAUGUAUGGUCUUUGUUUCCAAAUGCAUGUGAAACACCUUUUAAGACUUUAAAGCUUUUCCCGUUGUGCCU